UUUUGAAGAACCGCUGUUUGGAUAUCGACAAGGCAGCCAUUGCGGGACUUUUCGUCUGAAAAAAAUAGCGGCGAUGCGAACAGUAUCGAGUGGUUGUCAACGGCGGUUGAGCCGACGCGACCGCUCUACUGUUGUUGCCUUGUUACGCGUUAGCUGAGCUUGACAACCGUGUUUUUGUUUGAUUUUUCUUGUCCCCCUUUGCGACGGCGACGUUUUAAAGACGCGAGCCGUGACGACACAAAGCCCCCGAGACGCGGUGGCGUCACGGUUAACUGCCGUUUACGGGGGUCGGGGGGUGGUGGUGACCUUGUUUCCAUUUCAACUGAUGCACAAAUAGGUUAGAGAACUACCAUUUUAUUAGUUCGGUCUGAUCAACAUUUUGAUGCAAAAACAAACAAAUCCGGAAGAAAAAAAAUCAAGGGCUAGCUUGUCACCUCGAAUAAUGGUAUUUUUUGCACGGCCUGUGCAAAGAAGGCGACAACUGUCGAUAUUCUCACGAUCUGACCAACAGCAAGCCGGCCGGCGCCAUGCUUUGCAAGUUCUACCAGAAGGGAAACUGUGCAUUUGGAGAUCGUUGCAGGUUUGACCAUCACAAUCCAUCGCAAGACGAGCUGCCGACGCCUGAGCCUUUGCCUUCCACCUCUCGAGCAAGCCAGCCCGAUCCGGAGCUCAGUGGGCCGACGCCUGGCCCAGGAGCGCAAGAUUGGGUCAACGCUGCCGAGUUCGUACCGGGGCAGCCCUACUGUGGACGCGCGGAGUCGGCCAACGCGCCGAGCUCGGUGCCCCUCAUCGAGGAGUUUGACAGCGAGGCGGCGCCCGACAAAGAGCUGGGGAAGCAGCUGUGCCCGUACGCCGCCGUGGGCGAGUGCCGUUACGGCCUCAACUGCGUCUACCUCCACGGCGACGUGUGCGACAUGUGCGGCCUGCAGGUGCUCCACCCCACCGACAACGACCAGCGCUCGGACCACACCAAGGCGUGUAUCGAGGCCCAUGAGAAAGACAUGGAGAUCUCAUUCGCCAUCCAGCGCAGCAAGGACAUGAUGUGCGGCGUGUGCAUGGAGGUGGUGUUUGAGAAAAGCAACCCGAGCGAGCGCCGCUUCGGCAUCCUCUCCAACUGCAGCCACUGCUACUGUCUAAAGUGCAUCCGCAGGUGGCGAAGCGCCCGGCAGUUUGAGAGCAGAAUCAUCAAAUCAUGCCCGGAAUGUCGAAUCACAUCCAACUUCGUCAUCCCGAGCGAGUUUUGGGUGGAGGAUAAGGAGGAAAAGCAGAAACUCAUCCAGACGUACAAGGAAGGCAUGGGGGGUAAACCCUGUCGAUACUUCGACGAGGGCCGCGGAACGUGUCCUUUCGGCUCCAACUGCUUCUACAAGCACGCUUUUCCUGACGGGCGCCUGGAGGAGGCGCAGCCUCCGCGGCGGCAGACCGGGUCCAACAGCAGGAACAGGAGCUCACGACACACGCGCCUCUGGGACAUCCUGGACGAGCGAGAAAGCAGUUACUCGUUCGACAAUGACAACGAGGAGAUGGUCACGUUCGAGCUGAGCGAAAUGCUACUCAUGCUACUCGCCGCCAGCACCGACGACGAGGUGACCGACUCCGAGGACGAGUGGGACUUGUUUCACGAGGAAUUGGAUGAUUUUUACGAAAUUUACCUAUAGCUGCACCCCCCCCCCCCCACCCGCCGCCUACCCGUAUAUCACCCAAUCCCUAAUAUAUAUUAGAAAAUAUAUAUAUUAAGCCCUAGAAUGAACUGUCUCGUGCGAGUGAUGGACAGUAGCCCCGCCCCCUCCUCUCAACUUCUUGAAUUGUGGCAGUGCCUUUAAGCAGGCCAUUAAUAAAUGAACUUAAAAAAAAGUGCAUUUGUGCUUUAACUAAAAAAAAAAAUGUAGAUCCCCGUGACUUUAUGACCCUUGUUGUCCUAGCAAAAAAAAAUUGCGACGGGCAUGUCAGAAGAUUUGACCCUUUUUUGAAGCCCCCCCCCUUCACCUUUGUUAAAGCUGUUAAUAGCUUAUAUAUUGUGCUAACUAUUAAUCAUAGCCACGUUCCUGAUGUACUCAGUAUUUACUGUCCAGCCAUGCCUUUUUUUUUUCCUUCAAGCAUCAAAAGGCGUGACGAUCACUCAACUUCACUGGUUUGUUCAACCUCCUCCCGAUCCAUUUUGCACCUUAAGUCACCGAGCAGCUCACAGGCGAAAAUGAACUUUCAAUUCCCCCCAAUCCGAACUGACCCAUUCAUUUCAUGAAGUGCAAUAUUCUACUAUCUACUGACUUUAAAUGUUGUUUGGGGAAAAAAUAAAAAAUUAAAAAAAAAAAAAGAUGGAGGGGAGGCAGCUUCCUCAGAUCCGGGCAAAAAAUUACAACAGGGGUGGAGGGGCCACACGUCGGCUUUACACGCCGUAUUUUUAUCCUACACAUUUGAACUGUACUUGUGAAACGUUUCUCCGCAAACACCCCCUUGGUAGCUGGUCUCAACCUGUCCAACUCUGUUGGAAUGCAUAUGUUUAUACUGAAAUGUGUGUUUUCUAUGUUCCGCGGCCAUCCAUCUUAACUUGAAAAAUUAAAAGUUUAUUAUCAAUA